GCUGGUGGCAACAUUACAACCAGAACAAACAACACAUAUGAUGCCAGCCCAUCAAUCACGAAUAAUGGAUCAAGCAACGCAUUUUUUGCAGCAAUUUUUCAACCCUCUCAAGAAUCACAAAGUGUGCGUGAAGAAGUCUACACAUAUAUGGACAAUAUCAUCACGCCACAAGUUACGCCAGAUAUCAAUCCUUGGAAAUGGUGGGCAGAACACGAAAAAAAGUUUCCCAUGUUAGCAAUCAUGACCCACAAAUAUUUGAGUAUCCCUGCGACCUCUGUUCCCUCAGAAUGA